AUGUCGGCGGAUUUGUUAGCAGAGUUCGGCCAGGCACCUGCCCCAUCAAAAGAUCAGUCAGGUCGACGAACAGUGCAGCAUCAAACAGGGUCAUUGUUCGAUGAUCUAGAUGACCAGAGCGGCUUCGCCGGAUCAUCGGGAACUUUACACAACGGACCCCAAAAUACAUUACCUACGUCCAAUGCCCCGAGGCAGACUCUUGCACACCAAGGCUAUGAGUUGCCUACGAAUCAAAAUAGUGAUGUUUUGUUCGAUGUAGCAUUCGAUGCACCGGCCAGUGACACUGACGAUGACUGGGGUGAGUUUGAGGGCCCCGAGUCGAGUAAACAAAAUACGCCACUGUCAGCGGCACCUCGACCAACAGGACCUUCAAUCACAAGUUCUUACCCAGUACAAGACCCUCUCGGUGCAGUUGACUUGCUAGACUCACUGUCGCUCCAAGACUCGGCACCUGUCGUGAAACGGCCAUCAAAAUAUACCUCAAGGAAGGAAGUUGCCAGUCCCAGCACACAACCAGCUGAAACGAAAUGGGACGACGAAUCGUUUGAUGACUGGGGCGACUUUGCGGAUGCGCCCAACCAACCUGAAUCAAGACCCCCGAAGAAAUCUUUGCCGACAAAAUCACAUACAAGCACCGUUCAGAAAACACCCCAGAAGCUACCUCCAAAGAUAACUGAGAAUAUCAAGCCAGCUGCGCCAACCUGGGAUGAUGAAUCCUUUGGUGACUGGGGGGAUUUCACAGAUGGACCUAGUGUACAGCCUGUCACCAACCCCAAAUCCACGCCCACACCACCAAUCUCCAGCCCUUCUCCAAGCAGCUUUACUUCCGGGGGCGUAACUCCCGCGAGUAAUGUCCGUCCGACAAACAUCCCACCCCCAUCUGUUCUUCUUGAGCUAUUCCUUGACGUGUUCGAAGGCCUUCACAAAGAGGCUGCCUCCGCAAAGUCACAACUACGAUCCCAAACUUCACUCACAGCCUCUGUCUCAGCGACCGCAUCAAAUAUACACAACGCCCUUCAAUCGGCUGCCCGCGUCAUUGCAGGCCGAAGCCUCCGCUGGAAACGCGACACCAUCCUCAGUCAGAGCAUGCGAAUUGGUCCUGCCCGCUCCGGCAAAGCUGGUGGCAUGAAGCUCAACAGCGUGAACAAACAAGAGAACAUUAAAGAGGAACAAGAUGCCGUUGACGUACUUAUUGCUUGGCGGGAACGAGCCGCAAUCUUCAACGCUGUCUUGCAGGGAGUAGGCCAAAAGCCGAUCCCUGCAGUCGCCGAUCCCAGUGCACUUAAAGUAAUUACAGCCCGGGCGGACCAAGGCGCGCUCAAGGCUGCACAUCCCUGUGCGCUUUGUUCGCUCAAACGUGACGAGCGGGUACUCCGGGUAGACGAACAAAACGUGCAGGAUAGCUUCGGAGAGUGGUGGACAGAACAUUGGGGCCACACAGCAUGUAGGCAAUUCUGGGACGCCAAUCGAUACCUACUUGGGCAACGAUAA